AUGGAUGCAGCGUGGGAGGAGGCGCUACGUGUCUGUAAGAAAACAAUCAACGAAGGGGAAGGUGCAGAACAGGCAUCUAUUUGGACUACCAUUAUUGCGGCCUUUGAUCCACGCGAACCGUGGGCAGCGCCAGAACGUGAUCAGCCUUUCGUGCGAGAAGCUUUGGCUUCCCUGCGGUACAGUCAAGAGCGUUUGGCCGCAUGGUAUGUUGAUGCAUACAUGAGCGCAUUCCACCAAUUGUGCAUGGAGGUACUCGCACCAUUGAUAUCUGAUGAGCAUGCCACAGCCCAUCUUCCAUUUGCUGUCGACACUUGCUUCGAAUGGAUCGUGAGCCGACAAACAUUGGCACUCGAGGCAGGCAUUUUGCCGCAUGACACAUGCACCGCUAUCCUAUUUUCGCAUUGUAAGACGGUUAUUUCUGCUGCCAUGCAGCCGGGCAUGCAUAAGGUGAUUGAAAACUAUUUCCAAAGUGCCUUGCAUGUCGAGGAGUCUACUAACGUUGUGCCGGAUUCGACGUGCGCCCAGGUAUGUACUCAACUUAGGAUCUUGGGUCUGGAUGCUGUUGUCCAAAGUGCCUUAACUGAAACGGCCUCGCACAUUCUGGAGCAUGCGACGCAGCAAGCCGUGACACGCUCAGGCUCACUACAAGAAGCCGUAUACCCAGCGCUCCAUGCGCUCCUAUGUGACGAACUAAUGCCAGCUCUCUCGUCCAUGCUGAAUGCCCGGCCCAAAGAGCCUGUGUCCAUGUCACCCACGCUCUAUAAUGCUUGGGAUAUUAGUGUGUCAAUGAUGUACGAUGAUACCCCAGAACUCGAUGAGGAUCAUGAAUCGCUGUAUCUUCGACUAGAGUAUUCGCUGGCCAAGAUGGUUGGAAAGCACCGUUUAACGCAGUUGUAUGCGCUCGUCGGUAUGUUUCCACAGAGCCGCGCUGCCAUGGAGGAUAUGGUGAUGUGGCUAGCCAAGACGGACGAACGCAUCGAAUUGGCUCAGUCAUUUACACAGGCUCUUCAGACGCGUCUUUUGCACCCAGAUAUGGAUACGCAUGCGAUUCUGGCGUACUAUAUAAAUAUCGUAUUUGCGCUGCGCAUGGUAGACACGUCUGGCGUGGUACUAUCGCGCGUCUUACCGCCGGUGCAGCACUACUUGCGGACACGACACGACACGAUUCGGGUGAUUGUGCACGCGCUUCUUGGUGAUGAUGCGGAAUUUGAGCUUCUGCGGUCCGAGCUUGUACAAUUGCAGCCAGAAAAUGAUGCACCCUCGAGUGCAUGGGACAUGGACGCAGAGGAUGAGCAAUAUACACGCCUUGAGCACUGGGUCGACCCAACAUGGGCACCGAGGCCUGUGGAUGCCGGGCCGGCCUUCCGCUUGAUGCGAUCCAAUGAUGUGGUGGGUUUACUUGCCCAGAUUUUCCACGACCGCCAAGGAUUUCUGCAUGCACUGGAGCAGCACACGGCUCAGCGUCUCGUCCGCACCGUGGACUACGAUACUUCGCGAGUGCAGCACAACAUUGCGAUUUUCAAGCGACGCCUGGGUGAGCAAAGUUUGCAUCAUUGUGACGUCAUGCUCGCCGAUGUGGCAACGUCGCGUGCCUUGGAUAGCGCCUUCCACACCCAGGAGAACGUCGCUGAGUACGUGCACCCCAUGGUCGUGUCGCGGCAGUUUUGGCCCGAUCUCGACACGCGGACAUGGACAUGGCCGACUCGACUGGCCCAGUCCCUGCAGCAGUUCUCGGCAUUUUAUACGAGGCAGAACCCUACCAAGUGUGUGCGAUGGCUGCCGCAUCUAGGCACCGUCGACGUCGACAUCGAGCUGCAGAACAAUGAGCGCGUAUCGAUGCGUGUCUCGCCGCUGCAGCUUGCGGUCUUGGAGCUCGUGUCGGAAAACGAGACGCCGGGUGUCGUGACAGCGGAGGACUUGGCCCAAGUGCUAGAAUUGCAGCACGCGGCGUUGGCACUCGAGGCGCUGCGGUUCUGGGUGGCCCAAGGCGUCCUGCGAGAAUGGCCAUCAGCCGGGUCUUUUGAGCUAUGUGACAAUUUGCCGGUCUCUCAUGCAUAG